CUCGCAGUCAGUCGUCAGACCAGCAGAGUUGUGUUCGUCGUCAGUUCGUGUUUGCUGAGAGCAAAGCGGGCAGAGAGAGAACUGGUUGUUAUUUUUGAUCGACAAUUAUCUUUGCUAAUUAUUUUGCUAAUGGUUGAUUUGCUGACUUGUGCUAAUCAGUCCUGGAAAGGAAUUUUGCUGUGUCAAGAUCAAUCUUAUCUUCAAAGAUUCAUGCGGUUUAAUAUUUCGGAUACAAUGUAGACAAGAAAGACGAGCGAUUCUGGUUGUGGCUUGUUCUGAACUUGUGACCUGUUGAUUUUGAUAGCAAGUAGCACCAGAAUUUAAGAAAUCUGCAGCCAUGCCGUCGUCAGACAAAACGAUUUUGAACAAUGUGCAAGGGGCAAUUUCGAUGUUCAAGUCCAACAGAGUCUCCGAGCGGAAGAAAGGGGCGGAACGACUUAUGGAGUUGUUGAGUGAAAGUGAUAACGUUUGUCGCACCUUAGAUUCAAAUUCUGUACAUAAAGACAAAAAUGGUGAAAAAUUGACGUGGGGCGUACUUUUUAAUGAAGUUUGUGAAUAUUUUACUAAAGAAACCGAUAAAUUGACCACUAGCCAUGUUGGCAGUGCAGCAAAAAAUUAUUGUUUCAGCGUUGUUCACCGUGUCUUCCAAAAGGGAACGUGUCAUCGUCCUUGGAUUGCCUGGAACAACAUUUUUACUUUUAUUGUAAGUCACUUGAGUCAGGAUACUCAUGUCCUCGUUUAUGGUUCUGCACUUGUCAGUAUGCUCCAUAAUUUCUUGUCAAUUGAGCCCUAUGUGUCCAUCAUCGUAUCCCAUAGCUGGAUCGAAUUGAUUAAGCUUUUGCUGAAGUUGUAUGUCAAUGGAAAAUACAAUAUACCACCAUUUACAUUACUGCAAUGCAUUAACAUUUGCAUUCAAGAAGGAUCGAAUCAUCCUACUGUUAUUUCUACCCUUCGUUCAGAUGUUGUUCAAUUUUACGAGAAUAUUUUCACAACAGACAAGGCUGGCACCCGAACUAAUAUAUCAAUCAUAUUGCGGGGAUUCACGUCAUUAUGCAGAAAGAAUGCGGUAGAAUUCCGUGGAAUAAUAUGCAAGUUAGGAGAAUUGCUUAUACCCAGGAUCCUAAAUUCAUCAAAUUACACCAACGACGAAGAGGGUGUCAUCGUCGAACUUCUGCUGGUGCAAUUGCAAAUCCAUUCUCCUUGUGAUACCAGUAUGAAGGACACGUCCGCAUUUCUUGCAAAUGAUUGUCGUCGGUGGACAGAAAUUGUUAAAUCUAUUUACGUUUUUUGUUUGGAUGCAUUGGAUGACAUUGCGAUCAAGAAAAAUAGUCAUUUUAACAAGGAUUUACAAGUUUCAGACAAACUGAUAUUGCUAGCUGCCAAAUGCACAAAACUGGUCUACAUGGAUGGACAGCUUGAUGAGCCUUCAAGUUCAGGUGAUGAAGAUGAGCCAAAUCCUACAAAGAAGUCUAUGAGGUGCCGUUCUUUUCAGAAUGUGCUGAGUGAUAUUUGUAGCAGGGUGACUCCUAACGAAAGCCAAAUUGUCUGGAUGAAUUACUUAACUGGUGUUUUUACACAAUUUCCACAACUUGUCAGCACUCGACUUAACUUUGGAAAUCUUUUCCAAAUGGGAACUACUUUGCUGAAAUCAACCUAUGUGACCAGGAGGGAUGUCUACCUCUUCCUCUUGUGUUUGCUCAAUACUGAGAAGCAUUUGAUCGGGACAGGCGUUUUAAAAUCCCGUUCAAAAUGCUGGGAAAAUGUGUGGGACUUGACGAUUAGGUCACUUUCUGUCAGUGAAUUCAAGAUUGAAGCAUUGGAAUUGCUGCGGAAAAUUUUAAUUGAAAUUCAACCUUCGAACGUUCAUUCCUUACUUCUUGUUUACACCGGUGGGGCCAUUCCUGUUACCCCUGCAAGUCUUAAUCUCCUUGCCGAAUAUUUGUCUCGUUGUUCCCUUCCUCUGUAUCUUGGGUCCGAUAGUCAUGUACCCUCUACAAUGGAAAUGGACGUGGAAAUUGCUUCUACCUCAUGCCCAAGAUCCUCUCUUAUUCGAUGGCUUUUGAAUUCGUCUACUGCCACCAUGUCAGCGGAAGAAUUUCAUGAACUUGGUCUAGGACAUGAACCACUUAUCUCUACUAUUUUGUGCUCCCUUCUUGUUCGACAAACGCAUAACCUUAUUUAUGCGGAAAGGUUUUGCUUUCGUCCAAAUAUCAGCAUGAAAGUUAAUAUUCCAUCAGAACUUGGACAGUUUGAAUCAGUGUAUGAAGAUUUUGAAAAGCUUUUGCUAAAAUGCUGCUUUGUUCGUGAACCUGGUAUUGAAGCAGCAAUUGAACAAAAGAGAAAUUCCCCUACAGAACCAGAAGUACUAAAAUUGUCCUUGAUCCCGACUAUCCCACUGAGACUGGUGGAAUCGCUAAUGGAAGAUUUUGAGAAAUUACCCGUGUUUGACCAUACAUCUCCAGAUUUCAUAAAAAAGUUUACCCAGCUAAAUUACAGAGUAGCUUUAUACUUGAAUUCUAUCAACGUGCUGGAGAAAUACACGAUUGGAACCAGAGGAGGCGAAGACUUUGGAUUUCGAACUAACUUGGAAAAAUUAUUUGACAAGGCGCUUAGUCGAUGUGUUGAACUUACUAUUGACUUUAUGAUAAAGGGAAAGCAAAAAACUGCUCUCCAAGUGCACGAACUAGUUGUUGUUUUAAGAAACAUUCUGAAAAGUUCACAGCUUUGUGAUGGCGUCAAAGUCAUGUUGGCACAAAGGUUUCCUCAACACUUACAAGAGCUGCUCAAGAAAGCGUACAGAAGUAAUUUGGUCAGAUAUCUUGAAAGAGCAGCAAACAAUCCCAGCGAUACCUUAAUGUUUGGAAGCAAAGAUAUAUUGGCUAGAUUCAUUUCUGGAGGCGAUGAGGAUGGUGGGAUCUCAGAGAGCAGACAAAUUGAAUUGGUAGCACUGGAGAGUUUGGGGUGCUUGAUUGAUUAUGGAGUUAUUUGUGACCACAGCAUCGACUUGUUUUCCGAUAUUUUACGAGACUGUAUAAAUGAAACAUACAAUUCCUUCAUUCCAUUCAUUUUCGAAUUUAGCUCUGAACUGAUAAUCCGGUUAAUCCCUGCACUGACCUCUAGUUCUAUGGAAAGAGAGUAUACAGACGUCCUCACUCUUAUGACAAACCUUUUACAAAAGAUGUCGAAGGGAUUUUAUUUGGUUCCUCAUUGUUCUGCAAAGCUUUGGGAGUUUUUCUCAGACAUAACCGGAUUAACUUCAAGAGACAGUGAUGUGAACAAGAAAAACUUAAUGAUUUUGGUUGGAACGUUGACCGCUUUUAUGAAAACUGGGAAGCCGCAUGGUUCAAGCAUUUUAGUCUGCCAACCCGGUUUCAAAGCUUUAACUGAACUAGCAAAGAGUGAUCCUGAAUUGCUGUGGAGCGUGUUUACUCCAAAAUCAGGCCCCGAAUGUUGGGUUCUAAAUGAAGCUUACGAGUUUUUGAAUAAUCCAAGCCAUCAAAUUAGACUCUUUGCUAACGAGACUAUCUGUACAACAUUCGAAUCAGCUGCACCGCUUUGCGCCGUGCAGCCAGCUUAUCCUGAAAUAAUUGUGACUCGCCCUUGGCCACUUACGGAAUACUUUGACAAAAUUUACGAGUUUGUUCAAAAGACCUUUAGUAUUUCUACAAACUUGACAUCGGAUGAAAAUGCUGAGGAAGCAGUUAAUCGAACAUCAAUAGCCCUAGCAUGUCUAUCUCGCCUUAUUUUCGCGUAUCCGUUUAUUCAAAAAAAGACAAUCUUUUCAUUUCUCCAAUUAAUUCAAGAGAAAUCUAUAGACAUUGCGUUAUCAUAUCGAGCUUUGCUCUAUGCUUCGUCCACCGUGACAGAGACCAUGUGUUGUCAUGUUUCGUUUCUUCUUCAUGAGUGGCUAGCUGCCAAUUACAAAAUCGAUGAUUUUCCUUAUGCCUUUUUUGGAUGCGAGUCGAUGGCGGCUUUCUACAACAAAUUCCGGAAAGAGAUUAUUGUCGAAUUUUUUCUCAAGAAUGAUACGGAAGGGUUAUCUGAAAUUGCAAAGUUUUUUGGAGGGGAACCUAUUGAGGACCUGAUAACGGAGUGUUAUGGUAUGUUAAUGGCUCGCAUUGUACCCGUGAUAGCCGUUUAUAAGUAUCAAUCAAUCGCUGGAAAGGAUGUUACUCAGCUUCAAGAACUCCAGAAACGUUUAAACACUACCCUUGGUGGAAAAAUUCAAACAGAAUCUCUCAUGAUGACCCGACUUGAAGAUGUGGUGAUGCAGUUAGUGUCUCUCGUUUUUGAUGCGAAAAUACCAUCAGCUUGGGGCUGCCCAAACACAUUUGUACUUCCCGAACCAUCUUCAACGCAUUAUGACGAAAACUCUGUGGAUAUUGGAUUAAAAUUUUUGAGAGAAAAUUCAAGUAGAAAGGACGUAUCACUCAUUGCGUAUCUGGCCACCCAUACGCCCAAAGCUAUUUAUGAUACUCUGUUGAUAUUAAUCACAAGAGUGCACAAUUCCCAUGAUGCGCUCGAAAAGUUUUGGCGACUUCACCAAUUUGCGUACUUUGUAAAACAACUUUUACAAGAACAACCCCCAAUUUUCAACACAAUGAAGGAAUACGUUUGCCAAUUUGUUGUGCAUGGUUAUAUUCGUCUCUUAAAUUUAGAAAAUGGCAAAGGAAAAUACAGCCAGUACCUGAGAGAGUCGCUCGUCUUCCUGAUAUCACAAUUAGUGCUGACGCUAACGCUUAACUACACCGAUGAGAUGAAACAACAUUACUAUACUGUAGUCAACAAUUUGGUGGUAUCGGUUGUAAGACAUCCAGAUUUGUUGAAAGCUGCGAAAAAACCGUUGGAUAUUCUCUUGAUUAGAUAUCAAAAGGAUUUUGUUGACUGCAUUGCCACCUUGGACCCAUUUCCAAGUAAUAAAGUUAGUGACUUUGAUGUGUACAAAGAUGUCUUACAAAGUGUAAAGUAUGGUCAUGGCGGUGCAAGUGGUAGUAGUAGUGUAAAGUCGGUUGGAAAUACUAAAAGCGAUUCGGAAUGGUCUCUAUUCAAAGAAUUAAAAAGUUAUCUCGACAACGGAAGUGAGCGAUGGACACUGGAAAGACUAGUGUGGAUCCGCGAACUGUUAAGUCUAAAAAAACGCGAUGUCGAGAAAUUGGUGAGAUUAAUGGAAGGAAAACGCUUCUCGGACGAGUGCCAAAGUGAAGUUCUUCAUGCCCUAAUCCAAACAUUACUUAGCGUCAUAAAAAAUGGAACAGAUCAAGACGUCGUUAUUGAAGCAGCUCGAUGCCUGGGGGAAAUAGGGCCUGUUGAUUUGUCCGUCUUGGUACUGCCCAACUGCACUCCAAAGAAACGAGAAAUUAAAGGGAUGGCUGGAUCUCUACUCACGAUUAUGCAAAUUCUAGUUGACUACUUAAAGGCGGAUGACAUCAAGUUGGUUACCACCAGUGGCGACGUGUUAAGAGCCUUGUGUCGCACGACAGAGUGCGCCGAACUGAUCAAUAAGGACUUUACAAACACAAGAACCGACGCAAUUCUUAAACCUUUCAAAGUUACGCAAGGAACAAUCCCAAAGACACCUGAGAAGGUGUACCCCAAUGUCAUUGAGACCAAGUUAGGUCUGAAUGAAAUGAAUGAGUGUUUGGAUUAUAAAACUUGGCUUACACAAUUAACCUGUGGCCUCAUCGAGUGUUUUAAAGAAGGGGACAGCGUCAUCGCGUCCUUGCUGUCUGUGUGCCGUAUUAAGGUCGAAUUUUGUCAGGAGAUUCUUCCUUUCGUGUUUUACGUUUUGCUGUAUUCUGGGCGUAUGAAUCCCCUUGUAAGAAAAACUGUGUCGGGCUAUUUCCGCAACUUCUUCACCAAGUGCUUGUACAACUUGGCGAACAGUUCAGAUUGUUCUCGCAGUUUUACUCCUGUAGUUGGAGUGGAAAACCAAGGAUCAAUUUAUACGAACAAACUUGCUUUACGAAAUCUAAUUGGAGUUAUUCAAUUUCUACGAAUCCAUCCGGCUCCUCAGGAAUACAAAGGGAGCUCAAAAAUUACACCAUGGGAUAGUAAUUUUUGGAUGGAUAUUAGCUAUUUUGAUUUGUCCAGAGCAGCACAACACUGUGGAGCAUAUCUUACAUCCAUACUUUUCACUGAGGUUGCCGUAACUGAAUUGGACAUGGGAGUCAACUCACAUGUUGAAGAUUCCGUAGAGGAAGAUAUGGAUGCAUUUUACUCUCAAGGAAAUUUGCUCAUUCCUGCAUCCCGUGGCGGUAUUCGCGGCGAAUCAAUGGAACUCUUACUAAAAGCAUACACGAGUAUUGGGGAGCCAGAUGCAGUGUAUGGGUGCGGUUCGGCCCGUUUUUCUGAUGGAGUCAUGAAUAUUAGUCAUCUUCAACAACGCAGGCAGUUUUUCCGCGUUCUGUCUGCUGCCGAUGGAAACGCCCUAGAUUCAAACUCUUCUACUAAAGCUGGCGUCGCAGGAGCUCUAAAAGAUUUGGCGCUAUAUAAUAGUCUGUGGACAUACCUUAAGGGAGCUGAGGCCGAAGAUAAAAUGCUAGAUUACGAUCUUGCAGAAAUUCAGUACGAGUGUGGAUGGCGCCUUUCAAAAUGGAAUCUUCACUGCGAUAAAGCGACGUACUUGAAGGAUGGCAGUUUCUUUGAAAACUCCAGAACUCAUGGAAUGCUACAGCGAUUUGUUUACGAAAGUGUGCAAACAGGACUUGCCAAGGACGUUGUAAAUCACGUUGAGAACGUAGCAAGAGGAUAUAGGAGCGUAUCACAGAAUUUGAGGCAUGCAAGCAUAGAAAGUUCAGAAAAUCUAUAUGGAUUUCUUUCGCAAUUUCAAAUGUUGCGAGUUGUCGAAGAUUUUUUUGAAGAAGAAUCAAAAGAUGGAUCGUUAGGAAUUAACAGCUUUCUGCAACGGUGGAGAACUCACGACAAAAUAAACUCUGCAGAUUUAAAAUUCCAGGAGCCUGUCCUAUCUUUGCGAGGUGUACUUUUACAUUCCUUCGACCAAAGAAAUCCAAGUUCCAAACUCGAAACUGCAUAUGACGAUUCCAUGUUGGAACUUCUUGCAAAAUCAAGAGAGUGUGGAAGACUAGAGUUUGCUGAAAAUUGUGCCAAUUGCAUUUCGUCUUUGUCGGAUCGUAGCUUAAAGAAGGAUCUUGAGAUUGCAAAGAAUCAUUGGGCUCGAGGUGAUCAAGAUAUUGCUCGCCAUAUUUUAGGAAAACUUAUAAAAAAGUCGAACCCUGACAUUUGUGAUUUGUACCCAAACAUGCUCCUUUUGCAUGGAGAGUGGCUAUCCGAGUCAAUGAGUGAGAGACCAACGGUGAUAUUAGAGAAAUAUUUGUUGAGGUCCGUCCAAAUUUUUGAGAAAAAGACAGUUGCUGGACAGACAGAAUGGACAAAGGCCCAUUUUGUUCUCGCAAAAUAUGCUGAUGAACAAUAUCAAAAUCUUUCAAAGUACAUGAAGUCAGAUUUAUAUGCAGAAAAAAUUGCCCAUUUAGCCAAGGCAAAAGUAGACGUCGCUGCUAUUGCAAAUGUCGCUGAUGGGGAUGUUCGACGUUCUGCAAUUUCACUUAAGCGACAGAGCAACAUUGAUGAAGAUGAAAUACAGCGAAUUUGUGACGAAAAGAAGAAAUUUCUACUCUUGGCUCUAAGACACUAUUUGAGAGGACUAAAGGACUGUAACGAGCAGGAUUUGUUAGUCUUCAGAGCAGUGGCCCUUUGGAUGGAAAAUGCAGAGUCUAUCGACACAAAAUUUUGCACCAUGGUUAACCAACUGGUUGCCAGUGAGUAUCUUCCCUCGUACAAAUAUGUCGUGGUCUUGCAUCAACUCAGUGCACGACUCAACGGAACCUCAUCAAGUUGUAGUGGAAAAAUGGGCGAUAAUAUAAUGAACAUUUUAUCUAAAUGCGUUCAACAGCAUCCAUACCACACUCUUCCAGUUUUAUUAACGCAAUCCCUUCUUCAUGCGGACCAACCGGGUGGUUCAGCAAAUAGGCAGCAAAAUAUUGAAAAUCGGGUUGCUGCUGCUCUAAGAUUAGUCGAUGCCCUUAAGCAGCACAAAAUUUGGGGAUCAUUGACUAUUAAAAUGGCACGUCUGUGGGAAGCAUUAAUUCAAUUGGCAAAUGUUCGUGAAGGAAAGAAUUCGUCCACACUGUCGGUCCUCAUUCCAAAUAAUGCAGAAAUUAAACGUUUAAAUGGCCUCGAGAUUGUUCCAGUACCAACGGCCACGCUCCAAGUGUCUCCAUCCGGAGAAUAUGCCGACAUCAUCGGCAUACAUUCUUUUGAACCAACGUACGGCCUGGUAGGCGGAAUAAAUUCUCCGAAGCGAAUUUCUUGUAUUGGAACCAAUGGUAUCAAAUUCAACAUGCUUUUGAAGGGGCAAGAUGACCUACGACAAGAUGCCGUUAUGCAACAAGUGUUUAGUGUAAUGAAUAAAUUGCUUCAGACUGAGCCAAAAACAAAAGCUAGAAGAUUACAUGUUCGAACGUACAAAGUCGUUCCAUUGUCCCAAAGGACGGGUAUUUUAGAAUGGUGUGAAAAUACUCUAACAUUUGGUUGUUACUUGGUUGGUGAAAAUGAUGCUAAUGGGGCGCACUUCAAGUACCGCCCAACAGAUUACACACCAUUGGAGUGCAGAAGAAAGAUGCUUGCAGUAAAGGAUUGUGGAGAUAAUGAAAAAAAGUACAGCACAUUCAUGUCUAUCCUGGAGCACUUUAAGCCUGUAUUUCGUCACUUUUUCUUUGAGAAUUUUAAAGAAGCAGGAGCUUACUUUGAACGUCGCUUGGCAUAUACUCGAAGUGUGGCUACAAACUCAAUGGUUGGCUACAUACUUGGACUCGGUGAUCGCCAUGUUCUAAAUAUUUUAGUGGAUAAAACAACUGCAGAAUUGAUUCAUAUUGAUUUAGGUGUGGCAUUCGAACAAGGGAGAAUUCUUCCUGCUCCAGAAACGAUUCCAUUCCGGUUGACCAGAGAUAUUAUAGACGGAAUGGGCGUGGCAGGAGUUGAGGGUGUUUUCAGAAAGUCAAGUGAAAUGACUUUAGAAGUGUUGAGAAACAACUCGGAAAUAAUUCUCACAAUAUUGGAAGUGUUAUUAUAUGACCCGCUCUACAUGUGGACGUUAACUCAGGACAGGAUGCGUAAGGUUCAGCCCACAGAUUCCAAUAAGAGUUUGAACAAGACAGCUGGCAGUGUAUUUAAUGUGGGGAACGCUGGGGAUGCUGACACUCUGAAUGCCCGAAACAGCUCCGCCGCCAGGGUAUUGCUCCGAUUGCGUCAGAAACUGGCGGGCGUUGAAGAAAGCGGAACAUCUGCAUCUGCCCUGAGCGUCCCAGGUCAUGUCUCACUUCUCAUUCAACAUGCCAUGGAACCUGAACGACUCAGCCGACUUUUCCCUGGAUGGCAACCAUACUUAUAAAAGCUUACUGGAAAUUUAAUUAUCUGACUAGGUUAUGAAAUGAUCUUUGCAUUAAUAAGUAUGUAAGUACUACAAACCUUAAUAUAUAAAACUGCUUAGAAAUAUCGAACACACCCCCAAUACUAAAAUCUUGUGGGUUGGUUAGUCCGUUAGUUCUGUUAUUUUAAAUGGUUCUUCAUACAAUAAGUACAAAACUCUAUUUUCCAUUUUUAAUUAGCAUAAUUUAAAAUGAUUUGCUUAUGUAAGUUCAUAUUUUUUUACCCGAAUAAACUGACAAAGAGAAUCGCA